AUGACACGGAGUUUGAAGAUGGUUGAUGAAGAUAAGCGUGAAAAUUUAGCAAAUGCUCGAAAAAAGUUAAAAAAAUUUCGUCAACUACAGCAAGAUGGUAUAUCAUCGCACGAUGUACCUGUUGUGAAUGGUUAUAAUUCUUCAUUAGACAAUGCAAAUUAUGUCCAAAACAAUAAUGCUAUGUAUACGAACGGAACAACUAAUGGUGGUACCAUCUCACCAAAUCACCAUGAAACUUUCUCUGCACAAUUAAACAAAAAUAAUUUUUCACACGACAUAGCUGGAUUUGUCGAUCAACAACAGGCUAUUUUAAAUGGUAUCGAUAGCUCAUUAUCGAAGUCACCGGUUGCCGAAUUAGAGUCUGGUCGUUCCAGUCAAACGCAACCAGAUGCUGAAGUAUUACGAGGACAAAUUGAGCAAAAAUAUCGUCGUGAGAUGGAUCAUUUCAAAGAACAAUUAGAAAUUCAUAUUCAAACAAUUGGUAUACUCGUUGCCGAAAAAACUGAUAUUCAAGCAAAACUGACCCAAUCAUUUAAACAAUUAGAACGAAAACAAAGUGAAUUAGAUGAAUUACAAGGUCGACUAAAGGCAUCGAGAGAAAGAGUACAAGAAUUAGAAAAAACGGUUCAAAAUUCAACAUCAAAUGUACAAAAGCGAGAGAUGGCUGCAAAAGAAUAUGAAAAGGAAAAUGAUCGAUUAAAACUAGAAAAUAUUCGGCAAAGUCAAGCAAUUGAAGAUUUGAAACAGAAUAGUGAGGAGUUGAACAAUAAAUUAAGUAUAAAACUGCACAAUAUCGAACAGAUGAACGCUGACAUUUUACAAAUGAAAACAAAAUUGGAACAAUCCGAAAUAAGAAGUCACCAAUUUCAAUCUAACAAUGAUACAACAGUUACAGAUAGAUAUGAACAACAAACUGAAGAAUUGAAACAUACAAUUCAAUUGAAAACAAAUGAAGCAGAUGCUUUGUUAUCUACUGUUAAUCAAUUGAGAACGGAUAAGGAACAAAUGCAAAUGCAAUAUCAACAAUAUAGUAAUAAUUUACAACGUCAAAUGCAAGAACUUACCGAUCAACUCAAUGAACUUUCACGAUCGAAGAAUGUGCUUGAAAAUGAACAUGAAGCAAUGAAACAAUCAUACGAGAUUAAAAUUCAUGAAUUACAAACUAAUCAAGCACAAAUAAUUGAAAAUACCGACAGUGGUCAUAAUAAACAAUUGGAAAUGUUAAAACUAGAAAACAAUCAACUGACAGUGACUAUAAAUGAAUGGAUGCAAAGUUAUGAAUCAAUGCGUGCCAAUAGCGAACAACUUUACAAAUUGUUAUCUGAGCGCGAUGAGAAAAUCGCAAAAUUAGAAUCUACUAUUGAUAAAACAAGUGAAAAUGUUGUUGAUCACGGAAAAUUGUUAGAGACAAUGCAAAGUGAUAAAAUGGCGUUAUCAAGAGCAAUGGCACAAAACAAACAGUUAAAAGAACAAUUUGAAGAAUUGCAAGAAGGAUUUAUUAAACUGUCAAAUGACAAUAUGAAUUUAACAAAUCGUAUACAAGCUGAGGAGCAUUUGACAAAACAAUUGGGUGAACGUAUUGGUCAGAAAGAAAUUGAACUGUAUGAAUUGACUGAACGUGAGAAUCAUGAUCAUGGAGCUCAGGCAUCCAGUUCAGAUGUGGUAGCAUCGACGCCUUUGUCAAGUAAUGAUCAAGAAAAUCAACUUACACAGCAAAUUGUUCAUUUGUCUGAAGAAAACAAUUUGCUGCAUAAACGUCUCUCAUAUUAUGAGCAACAACAACAACAACAACAACCUUCUCAUCCGUUAGGCGAAGAACAGUUGAAUAUAGACGAUACUCAUUUAAACGAUACAGCGUCUUUAUCAUCACUUACAUCUCAUACGGAAGAUAUUGAAAGAGUUGAUGAACAACAACAGCAGAUUUUUAUUCAGAAAAUCAUUGGUCGAUUUAAUCGUGCUAUGAGAGAAAAUGCUGAUCUCCAAGAUCGUACACAACAAUUAGAACAUCUCAUCCUUCAACUUCAAAGUGAAACUGACACAAUAGGUGAUUAUAUUUAUUUGUAUCAACAACAACGCCAACACUUAAAUCGACGUUAUCAACAAAAAGAUGAUUAUAUAAAACAGUUGACACAAGAUAGACUUAAUCUUCAGAAAAAACUGUCUGAACUCGAAAAACUAUUUUUAAAAGCAUUAAAUAGUGCAGAAACAAAAAUGCAACCUGUUGUUCAAAGUAAACUUGUAACAGAAGAAAAUGUCGGUCAUUUUAUUAAUGAAAAUAGUACACUAUCGCAAUCUCUACCUCCAUUGAAUACUAUUCCUACUGAUGAAAAUGAAUGGCCUGAACUUGUUGAUAAUAUAUCAUCGCCUUCCGAUAUUAAUAAUUCAGCAUCAUCAUUAAUAGAUAAAACUCAACAAUUUAUGUCCAUCUCUCCUUCAUUGUCUGACUUUGAUGAUGAUACAAAAACGCGUAUUUUUACAUUGUUAAAAGAGCUUAGCGAAGUGACACCAUCAUUAGCAAAUGACUCAAAAAAUUUAGCAUUUAUCGAUAAAAAUCUUUAUAUUUGUUCUACGUGUGUUGGUCCUGUACAAUGGGUUUAA